CGGCGAGCAGGAGGAUGUGGCGGCCGUGCGGGGCGCUGCGGGCCGGGCCCCGGGCCUGGGCGCAGACGCGGGCAGCCCGGGCUUACGGCGGCGGCGCGGGCGUCUCCUACACGCAGGGCCAGAGCCCGGAGGCCCGCACGCGCGAGUACUUCUACUACGUGGACCACCAGGGGCAGCUGUUCCUGGAUGAUUCCAAAAUGAAGAACUUCGUCACCUGCUUCAAAGACCCGCAGUUCCUCGUCUUCUUCUUCUCUCGCCUGAGACGCAACCGCAGCGGGCGCUACGAGGCCGCCUUCCCGUUCCUGUCGCUCUGCGGCCGCGAGCGCAACUUCCUGCGCUGCGAGGAUCGGCCCGUGGUCUUCACGCACCUGCUGACCGCGGGCCGCGGGCCCCCGCGCCUCUCCUACUGCGGCGGCGGGGAGGCCCUGUCCGUGCCCUUCGAGCCGGCGCGCCUGCUGCCCCUGGCCGCCAACGGGCGUCUGUACCACCCCGCGCCCGAGCGCGCGGGCGGCGUGGGCCUGGUGCGCUCCACGCUGGCCUCGGAGCUCAGCGCGGCCUUCGAGUGCGGCCCCGGCGAGCCCGCGCUGCCCUCGCACGUGCGCUGGCAGGGCCGCCGCCUCGCCCUCACCAUGGACCUGGCCCCGCUGCUGCGCGGAGACCCUCCCGCCUGAGCAGCGCGGGGUGGCCCUCGGGGGCGCCCCGCGUCGCGCCGCCGCUGUCCGAGGUGCGGGCGCGGCCCCGCGCCAGGCCCCGCUCUCGCCCACGUCGCCCCGCACGCCCGCUCCGCGUGUCCUCGGGAUUGGCCCGCGCUGGCGACGUCAGGCCCGGGCGAGCCGCGCGGAGCCGGUGCGCGUGCGUCGCCCGCCCCCUCCCCGCCCGGCG